AACAGUCCGUCUGGACCAGGCCCAUCAUUAUAAGAGGUCCAAUUAUUUUUUAAUAUUAUUAGCCGCCCCAUCCCCUCCUACUUCGUACUUCGUAGACAACUAUCGCAAAACGCAGAUGCUGGAAGGACGAAGCCUACUGCCGAAACCGAAUCGGAAAGCCAGUGCCGACUGCUGAGAACGCCGCCGGUAGAGAGACGCCGCUGCACCCUCCAGAAAUAAUUCAAUAGCUAUGGGUCUUCAAACACGUAAAAAUGGUGACUUCAGACACAGGGACUAUGAUUCUGGGAAUGGUGACAGAAGGGAAAAUAGGCACAGAGAGGAUCACUAUGAUGAUCAUAGGGAUUCUAUACGAGACAAACAUAGGGCCAGGAAGGAAAGAGACAGGAAGUCCAACUUUGCAGAGGAUCGUGAAGAUGAUAGGAGGUAUACCAGCAAGGAAGGGAUGCAUGAUAGGGGAAAGCAUAUUGACGAAGAGAGUAAACAAAAAGUUGCAGAAGAUACCAAUUUGAGUAAGGACAAUAAGGUCACAAAACAAGAAGGGAGUGUGCUGAAUCAAACCACUGAUUUGGGGAGGACUGGAGGAGUGUAUAUUCCUCCUUUCAAGUUGGCUAGGAUGAUGAAGGAGGUACAAGACAAAAGCUCAGUCGAAUACCAAAGGAUGACUUGGGAUGCUCUUAGGAAGAGUAUUAAUGGUUUGGUGAAUAAAGUGAAUGCAACAAAUAUAAAGAACAUAAUUCCAGAAUUGUUUUCUGAGAAUCUGAUUCGCGGAAGGGGUUUGUUCUGUCGGUCUUGUAUGAAGUCCCAAAUGGCUUCUCCCAGUUUUACUGAUGUGUUUGCAGCUUUAGUAGCUGUUGUUAACACUAGAUUUCCAGAGGUAGGAAAUCUUCUUUUGAGGAGGAUUGUGUUACAGCUUCAAAGAGCCUAUAAGCGCAAUGAUAAGCCGAAAUUGUUGGCAGCGGUAAAAUUCAUAGCUCAUCUUGUCAACCAGCAGGUAGUUCAUGAGCUGAUUGCUCUGGAACUGCUUGCUGUUUUGCUUGAAAAUCCUUCAGAUGAUAGCGUUGAAGUUGCGGUUGGUUUUGUUACCGAGUGUGGUUCCAUUCUGCAAGAUCUCACUCCACGGGGACUGCAUGGCAUCUUUGAGCGGUUUCGUGGGAUACUUCAUGAAGGAGAGAUUGAUAAAAGGGUCCAGUUCUUAAUUGAAGGUCUCUUUGCAUUACGUAAAUCAAAGUUUCAGGGUUAUCCUGCUGUUCGUCCAGAGCUGGAUUUAGUAGAGCAGGAGGAUCAGUUGACCCAUGAAAUCUCUCUCCAAGAUACUAUGGAAGAUGAAGAUGCACUAAAUAUAUUCAAGCCAGACCCCAAUUUCUUAGAGAAUGAAAAGAAGUAUGAAGAACUAAAAAAGAGAUUCUUGGGUGAUGAAUCUGAGGAAGAAGAUGAUUCUGAAGUUGAGUCUGAGAAUGAUGAUGAAGAGGAAGAUGAUGAAGAUGAGGAUGAACGAAUGAAAAUAACAGAUGAGACAGAAACAAACUUAGUGAACCUCCGAAGAACCAUCUAUCUGACAAUUAUGUCAAGUGUUGACUUUGAGGAAGCAGGCCAUAAACUAUUGAGGAUCAAACUUGAGCCUGGUCAAGAGAUGGAGUUGUGCAUUAUGCUUUUAGAGUGCUGCAGUCAGGAGAGAACCUACCUUCGUUACUAUGGGCUUAUGGGUCAGCGCUUUUGUAUGAUCAACAAGAUUCACCAGGAGAACUUUGAGAAGUGCUUUAUGCAACAGUACUCUAUGAUUCAUCGCCUGGAAACCAAUAAGCUGCGAAAUGUUGCCAAGUUUUUUGCACAUCUGCUUGGAACGGAUGCAUUGCCUUGGCACGUUCUGGCAUACAUACGACUCACAGAAGAAGAUACCACCUCCUCUUCCCGCAUCUUUAUCAAGAUUCUCUUCCAGGAGUUGUCGGAACAUCUUGGGAUCCGAUUGUUGAAUGAACGCCUGAAUGACCCAACAAUGCAAGAGUCGUUUGAGUCUAUUUUUCCAAAGGACAGUCCAAAGAACACUCGGUUUGCCAUCAAUUUCUUCACCUCCAUUGGUUUGGGUGGGAUCACCGAGAACCUCCGAGAGUAUUUGAAGAAUAUGCCACGCCUCAUCAUGCAGCAGCAACAGCAGCCCGCCACUGCUUCUACAGAUUCAUCAUCAUCGUCGUCAUCAUCAUCAUCAUCAUCAUCUGAAUCUGAAUCUGAGAGUGAGGAUUCUUCACGAAGGAAGAGGAGGAGGAGACGUUGACUUUCUCCGAUAAAAGUGGCAAUUUGCUUAGUAUAUCCAAAGGUUUUGAUUACUUGAUAUGCUUUCUUUUCUGAAAUGAUGUUUACAUAAAAGUGCUUGUCUGAGGUUCGCCCUAACUGAGACGUGUAGUAAAUUACUUGAUGCAGUGAAUUUACUGUGAGAAUGAAGUGUAUGAUUUACCUAUGAUGGGUUUGUAAACUCAAUUACUGCUGCUUCCUUCUUUGGAAUACAGGCAAUUGGGAUUCACCUAGUUAAAUUACAGAGUACGGAGUAUAUUUUUUUCCUUCUCACUUUUAUUGAUUGUUAAUAGCAAGUCAUCACUCGUUUUAUAAAUUUUUUGAUGUUUU